GCGGGCGCAGACUCACUACGCAUGCAUGCAUAUGCACUCCAACAUAGACGUAGAAAAAGUGCAGUGGAAAAAUCGGGAGGAGGAAGACAGCAAAGCAACAAUGUCGGCUCAACAGAAUGCAAGUGGUGGUGACGACAUCUUCGCCGCGGAGUGUCUCAAGAAAAGACGUGUUCAAAGCGGCGGCAAAGUCCAAUACCUGGUCAAGUGGAAAGGUUACGGUGAAAAGUACAACACCUGGGAACCAGAAGGCAAUAUCCUUGACCCACGACUAUUCGAGGCUUUUGAACAAGAGCAGCGGAAUUCUAGCGGUUCGGCUUCGUCGUCGAACGCCGAGAAAUCAACCCCUCGACAGUCGGGCAAGACGGCAGACAACAGGAAUGGUGGGCUUGUCACAACACACAGAUCAUACAACUCAACACACGCAUAUGCCAAGGGGAAAUCAUCGCAUGAUACAGCAGUCACUGGAUCACUGGGCUUAGCACCAGCCACACUAGCCCACUCUGCAAGUGUGUGGCAACGCUAUCCCAACAUGCUGCCAACUGAUUCCAGCGACUUCUCGCCUCCUACCAAGCGUGUCAAGCCAGUCAGUGAGAGAGUUAAUCUCAGUGCUGUCAGUUCUACCGGACUAAGAGCCCAUUCAUCAUCGACAUAUGUAGCCAAGCCCAAGGUUACAGUAACAUAUGUCACGUGCGCACAAACCAAAGUGGUCUUCAGGGAAUGUAGCACUGCUGAAGGUUUCUUUAAGCAGCCACACCAACAGGAGAUGGCUACCACAGCUGGACAAAGUGUACACUGAUAAACAGGAGAUGCACGACAGACUAACUAUAUGAUCAAUCCUCAUCUCCACUAGGCCUAACACAGCUGAUGUGUCUAUCUUCACAAGCCCACACUGUACAAUGGCGACGACUAGGGAAGUCUGUGAUGAGCAAUGCUCCAAUGCUGUGAAUCUACAGGCAAGAACUAGUUUUUCAAUGGGCCUUGUUCAGCCAGUGUUUGACCGGAUGUACUGUAGUGUGCCGUAGUGUGUCUCGUUAAUCCGCACUUCAUCACCAGUACUCAGAGUACAUGACUGUAUUCAGCAUUCUCUGCUCGUGAACUCCACUUGGUUUCGUGUAGAAUCUGCACCCGUUUGUAUUACUUUCCUACCAUAUUACUAGUUUUAUCACUUGAUUAUAUUGAGACUAACAGCCUAACUCACUUUACUAAACUCGAUGUCUAGUUGAACAUCACUGUUCUUUACUUUUGACAAAAAAAUUCUUGCAAGUACUAGCUAUACAAAUACAGUCGACUCCUGAUAUAACGAA